CAAAGGCUUACUUUACGGACUAUAUGUAUAAAUAUUUGUUUUAAUUAAUUCAUCGGUACAUGCUUAUUUGAUGUCCGGGGGUAUACCGGGGAUUGCCGGGGAAAUGGGCCGUGUUUUUACCUUCCAGGUGGCCCCGCAGUGCCGGGUGACUGCAGUGGUUUUGUCUUUGCGCAAACUAUAGCGAGGAAUUGGCCUUACGUAGGGCCCCUGGGGUGCGGGGGCAUUUGGAAGGGAUUUUACCAUCAGUUCGUCCUCGCAUGGCGGGGAUUUUACUCGGGGUUGGCUGGACCGAAAGUAAAAGUCCCCGCUAUUCCCCGGACCUGGGGGGGGGGCGUGUUAACAAUAGACUGGUGCAUAACACAAAUGUUUGUUUCUGGUUUCGACACUUUUGUUUUUUAUUGCCAACAUAGGUUUUAUCUGAACGAUAUUUCUUUUAGGGAAUUCUCGCUUCGAGUUUAAUAGAGCGCUCUAGUAAUCGUUCAUGGUGGCGAAUAUCAGAACCUUUACUUUCCUCAUGUUUCAACAAAUUAAGAGGAUUGAAAUUCAUGCACUCUGUACUACUAUCAGGCAUACAUCUUUUGUCAAUAAUUAUUUGUUAUAUUAUGAAUAUUUUUGACGGUAGUGAAUACCUUGAGUCAUUAUUAUAAUUAAAUAGAUAAAACUUCAAUUUACGAAACUUUGAAGUUUAUUUUUUAUGUUUCAGCAGCUUGCAGUCGAUUGCAUUAAGAACAAGACAUUAAUGACUUGACUUUGCAAAUCUUUUCAUACAUACAUUUAAGCUGCACUCUCACAGGAUUACUGUUUUGGCAACUUUUUGUUGUUGUCUUGGAAUGAGCCAUUUCUUGCGUAAAUAUCUGCAAAGAAGUGAUAUAAAACUAGAAUAGAUCAGAUCGCAGAUUUUCAUAUUUCCGUCGACAAUUAUUGUUUUAUGGCUAAAAGCGUUUCUAACGGUUUAUGAAAAAUGCAUAAAACAUCAACUUUUGAACUAAACUAUGAGCAUCUGCGAUCCGACUUUUGCCAGUAGUCUUUUAUCACUAGUUCCAUGUAUUUUCAUAUAAAUUGGCUCGUUCCAAGACAAAAAAUAAAAAAGGUGUCAAAAUGUUCAAUCUGUGAGAGAGCAGCUUUAAGUGAUAUCACGUGGUCGAGUUGUCAACAUGUGUAAACGCUUCAGUUGAUAUCUUAAGUAUUUUUUUUCAGGUAAAAUUUAAAUGAUUAAAACUGGCGCACCAAGAAAUUGAGCAUUAUUAAACACAUUACUAAACUUAUUGUCACGAUUAUACUUUAGGAUUUUACCUUAAACUGUGCUGGACUUGUUAAAAUAACUACUUUAAUCUGUGUGAAGAUUUCCUGAUUGUGUUUAUUAUUUUUUAGGGUAGUAACGUGUACCGGUGCUGAAUCAGCUACCCUGACACUUGAUAUCUAAAUGCGGACGUAACAUAGCAGUAACGAAAUCAACGUUAACGUAUCAUCAACUUAAACGUAGCAUCAAUUGGGGAGUAGAAUGUAGCAACGACCAUUCCGUCAUAAAAACCAGCUUUACUACAAUACUUCCUUUUUUCAUAAGAGACCUUUAAUUCAUUAUGGCAACAUUCAAAAUGUGGCGCCACUCAAAAUAUAUACGUUCAUGCAAAUAUAUUAUCCGAGGAUGUAUUAUAAUUACAAUCGUUUGUGUCAUUAUUGAGUUGCUUUUCAUAAACACUCUGAUUUUAUUUUCGUUAAUGCAAGUAAAACAUCUGAUCAAUGAUUUUUCAUCAUCACAUCUAUCAAUUAUUGCAACUCUUGCCAGAUACAACUCUUUCAGACACAUUGUCGCCCAAGGAAAGGACGAAGGAUUUAAAUAUCUCAUUGACAACACUAUUGCGAGGAUUUAUAUGGAGCAUGAAUCAGAAAACUGUGGAAAAACAAUCAGCAGACUGGGGUUUGAUGUAUCUAGCGCAGGUGAAUUUCUCUUCAUAUUAGAACAGAUGCAACGUCAGAAAGCCGAGCCAUGGAAAAAGCUAGUUGUCGAAAUCGGAGCAAAUGAUGGCCUGCUGUCCAGCAAUUCGUAUAACUUCAUACAAAUGGGUUGGAGUGCCAUUCUAGUAGAACCUCAGAGAGACCAGCUGGAUUUAGCGAAGAAAAACCAUGACGGACUGACCAACCAGCACCAAGACCAGAGUGUGCACUAUGUUCAUGCUGUGAUAAGUGAUCAUGAUGGCCAAGAAAAACUUCAUGUGUCAGCAGAUUUGUUUUCUAUGCAAAGCAGAAUAGUAUCCGAAGAAGAACAAGACUCAAACUAUGUAGAGGUUCCGAGUUAUUCAGUGAAGACGUUUGUUUCAAAGUACAAAGUUCCAAAACAUUUUGGAGUGUUGUCUAUCGACGUGGAAGGAAUGGAAGACAAGAUCAUACGUCAGUGGGUAGAACAUGGAUUCCGCCCAAUAUACAUUAUACUAGAAUUCGUGCACAGGACUCACGAAAGUCAGGUUGCUAUAACAGAUCUUCUUAUUGAGAAAGGCUACACCUUAUUCGGAAUAAAGGGAUUCAAUUUCAUAUAUGAAUAUGAUACGAACUUAAUCGAUAAAGAUGAUAACUAGUUGUGUUUCUCAUGACCAAGAGACUUAUUUUGCUUCGGCUUUUAAAUAGUAUAUACAUUUAGUUAGCUUGUCUAUGUAUAUAAUUGAUUUUAAAAUGAAAAGCUAUAUUUUUUACCAUUUGUUAAACUUUGCUAUUUGCUUAACACGACGAAAAAGCAGUUGUUUAAUAUUUUUGUGUAGUAUAACUUAUGUUUCAGAAUUAUAUGCUAUUUACAUAUGUGUUUGUAAAUACUUGAAUUUGAUAAUAAGCUGUACAUACCUACAUGAAAAUGAGCUUUAUGUUAAUAUAUUACAUAAUAUAGCAACAUGUAUGUAAGCAUGCUCCUAGGCUGGUGUUAUAUUUACGGUAACUUGGACACCAAGAUAAUUCGGCCUAGUUAAUUUGGCACCAACAUAUUGGGCACUUUGUCGACUCGGCACCAUAAAGCUAAGGCAAAUCGGCACAUAAUUCAAAUCAACUUUAUGCGGUCAUGAUUAUUAGAAUAUAGUUAUUGUUAAGAUAAAGUUACAAUGUACAAUGUUAAUUAGGCCAAUAUAAUCCCAUUGCUAGAUUUUCAUCAAAUUUGUUUUAAAAGGUGGUGGGGUGACAUUUUAUUUUUUUAUUUAUUUUUUGUUCUUAGAUGACUGUUCCACAGCUGAAUAUGUGUUUAUGCUCAUUCUUAUUGCACGAGGGACUAUAAAAAUUAUACAUGUGUUAAGACGAUCGUAACGCAGCAACAGCGUAGGUACGAAUUAACCCCGUUCCCGGACAGUGCCGGACCCAUACGCAAAUACAGACCCUAGGUCAACAUUUUUUUAGUCUAUACAAUAAAAGGGGCGGCGUAUAGAGGGGGCGGGCGGGGAUAAACAUCUUGCAAUUAAUUUAUAGUCACCUUAUCUCAGCAUAUAUUGAUUUAAAAUUAAUUCUUACUCCCAAAUAAGAUUUAAAAAAAUAAAUUCAAUUUUUUAGAUAUAUCAAAAAUGAAUGAUGCACGUCAAAAACAUUUUUUCUUAUGAAGACUAAAAGUCUAAAAUCUCUUAAAAAAGAAAGAAAGAAAGAAAAUAUUACGCAUUAUAGGGAUGCAAAAUACAAUGAAGUGUGACUAGCGUAAUCCUGGUAUAAGGGAUUGAAGAAGUUUUGAGAGAUUGGGGCCUGGGGAUUAACAAUGAUGCAAUGAAAACAAACACGCCCAGUAGUAAAACAUUCUUUCAUAAAACAUUUAGGGUCACUUCCUAACUUGUGUUGAUUUCUUAGUUUUCAAAGUUAGAUUAAAGAUGCACUCCUGCUCCCCAAAAAGAUUUACAACAAUUAGUUACAGUUAUUUAAAUAUACCAAAAAGGAUGAAUAAAUGUCGAAUACAAUGGUUCUUAUGAAGGAUACCGAGUUUAAUUUGUAAGAAAGGUGUAGAAACAUGAGACUAUAGUAGACCACAAUAAAUAUUUUAACACUCACCAAUCAUUAAUAUUUUUGCGUUUUCAGCUUUUAAAUACACGGUUACAAUUUUGUUAUCAGUAAUUUUUAUUUUCCAUAAAUGCAUUAUUUAGUAAGUUAUUAAAGGUUUAUAAGGUUAAACCUGUGGAUUUUUCAAAGAAGAACAAAUAUUGGAAACCUAGUGAUCUAAUUUCAAUUCCUCGCUACACAAAAACACAUAAUUCUUGAAAUAGUUCUAAGCCAGUGUGUGUAUAUCACGUGAUAAAUUA